AUGGUUGAUAGAGCUAAAGAAGCAGGAGAUGAAAGUCAGCUACUUAAUCUUCAUUCGAUUUUGAGACUUUUUGGGAUUAUUUCAGGGCUUAAGGUCAAUUUGGGAAAAAGUGGUGUGGUGGGUAUCAAUAUGCAGCAAGAUCAACUUCAGAACAGGGCGUCACUUUUAGGAUGUGGUAUAGAGUUACUUCCGUUUAAAUAUUUGGGUCUUCCAUUAGGGGGUAAUCUUAGGAGCGAAGCUUUUUGGUCUCCUGUGGUGGAAAAGGUUGGCAAGAGAUUGGAAGGGUGGGUUAAGGUGGCAAAGUCUCUAGAAAAGUUGAUGAGGGAUUUUCUUUGGGAAAGGAAGGAUGAGGGGAAAAAGGAUCACCUGGUGAACUGGGAGUUAGUGUCGUUACUUAAGGAGAAUGGGGGUUUGGCUAUCGGUAAUAUUGUGGCUAGGAACAUGGCUCUUCUUGGCAAGUGGUUAUGGAGAUUUCUCCUUGAGGUUGAUUCAGUAUGGCAUUCGGUUAUAAGAAGUAAAUAUGGGACUCAUGACAAUGGUAGGGAUUCACGGGUGGUUUUGAGGGGUAACUGUCGUGCUCCUUGGAAGUCUAUUUCUCAAAUUUUCACAUGUUGGUCUCGUCAUCUUUCUGUUCGGGUGGGCAGUGGGGAACUUGUUCGAUUUUGGGAGGAUGUUUGGAUGGGUCAGUCUUCUUUUGCUGUUGAUUUCCCACAUCUGUAUAAAGUGGCUCGUUCUCAUAAUUCUUCAAUUGCGUCCAUGGCUUGCUCACUUUUGGCUCCAAUUUCCUGGAAUUUUGAUUUUUCUAGGAAUCUUAAUGAUAUGGAGGCGUCUUAG